ACACUGACAGCUUAAGCCGCGUGUUUGUGCGACAAUUGCGUAUAAUAAUAUUUUCCCCGGUUGUUUUUGAAUAUUUUCGAAUUUUUAACAAGAAGUACACAAAAUGAGUGGUGACGGUAGUGACACUGAACAAUUUGAUACUUUAUUUUUAUCUGUAGCUCAAUAUCAUCCCCAGGGUCCAACACAGCUUCUGGAUACAUUUGUGAAUUUUUUGAGUAGAAAAACCGACUUUUUCAUAGGCGCCAAGGAAGGAGAAUGGGAAAAGUUGGUGAUGGACACUUUCAAAAAAUACGAAAAGUUAAGCAGGUCAAAGCACGAGGAGGAACUAAAGGAAAAGCGUGAACAAGAAGCUCGAAAAAAAGCAGCUGCUGCCAAAAAGGCAGAAGCGGAAGUUGUUAAGCCUGCUCAAAUCACUGAAUUGACUGAUGAAGAAGCUGAAAGGCUUCAGGCUGAAAUAAAUGCUAAGUUAAACACCUCUGGUAACGCUGAAAGUUCUUCAAAUGGUUCAGAAGCUGUGGCGGCGACUAAAAAGGUAGAAGAAGAUGAGGAUGAAUCUGAGAAAGGCAAGAUACUGCCUAACACAGGAAAUGGAUGUGAUCUAGAGAAGUACAAGUGGACGCAAACCUUAGGAGAUAUUGAGUUAAAAAUUCCCCUCAAAGUAAACUUCAGGGUAAAGCAGAAAGAUCUAGUAGUAAAUAUGACGAAGAAGCACUUGACGUGUGGUAUCAAAGGCCAGCCGCCCAUCAUAGAUGACGAUUUUCCACAUGAAAUCAAAUUAGAAGAGUCUUCUUGGGUGAUCGAAGACGGAAAGGACCUAUUAUUUACUUUUGAAAAGGUAAACAAAAUGAAUUGGUGGAGUCAAAUAGUCAAAUCCGAUCCUGAAAUCAGCACAAAGAAGAUCAAUCCCGAGCCAUCCAAACUUAGCGAUCUCGACGGAGAGACCCGUGGAAUGGUGGAGAAAAUGAUGUACGACCAGCGACAAAAAGAAAUGGGCCUACCUACCAGCGACGAACAAAAAAAACAGGACGUUAUUAAGAAGUUCAUGGAACAACAUCCGGAGAUGGAUUUCACCCAAUGCAAAUUUAACUAGACGAUUAGAAAAUUUUUAAUUUCGUUUUUGCUCUUGUGUAUAUGAAUAUACUUUUUCUGUAAACGAU